GUCGCGUCAUAAUUACCCUGGCAUUUCAACAAAGGAGCUCGAAGAGAUACUAUGGCUGACGAUGAAACCGUAAGCGUAUCUCUGCGAAGCACCAAACCCUAACUCUCCAGUUCUCUGUCCCUGCGUCGAUCCUCCGCUAUAGAAAGCUUUAUCUGAUCCGUUCGGCUUUCUAUCCGAUACAUCAAGGAUCUCUUUCUGUUAGUGAUCGUGUAAUUCAUGUACGAAUAACCAAAGCCGGUGGAAGAAAACCCUAGCCCUUUUUGAUAGUCUGAAACCAUCGAAGAGUCGGAGCUUCUUGCCGUGCUUGUUUACAGGCAGUGACGAUGUCUACUCCUGCAAGGAAGAGAUUGAUGAGGGAUUUCAAGAGGUUGCAACAAGAUCCUCCUGCGGGCAUCAGCGGGGCACCUCAAGAUAACAAUAUAAUGCUUUGGAAUGCUGUUAUAUUUGGACCUGAUGACACUCCUUGGGAUGGAGGUACGUUUAAGUUGACACUUCAGUUUACAGAGGACUAUCCAAAUAAGCCACCAACUGUGCGAUUUGUUUCUCGCAUGUUCCAUCCAAACAUUUAUGCCGAUGGGAGUAUUUGCUUGGAUAUUCUACAGAACCAGUGGAGUCCAAUAUAUGAUGUUGCAGCCAUACUUACAUCUAUCCAGUCGUUGCUCUGUGAUCCAAACCCAAACUCACCUGCAAACUCAGAAGCGGCACGGAUGUUUAGCGAGAACAAGCGCGAGUACAACAGGAGAGUACGUGAAAUUGUUGAGCAGAGCUGGACGGCUGACUAAUAUUCUCCUGGUUAGGGUGCUUUGGAUGUUUUCAAAAGCUUGGGAUAUGUUGAGUAAUUGUGACACUUAUAAACCAUUGUAUUGCAAACUCCCUUUAACUUCAAUGUUAAUUGUAUGUUGGCUUCUUUUAUGAGGAUGUUAGGCCACUUUAUGUUGAUUUCUAGUAAACUUCGCACAUUGCAUGUCCUGGAAAGUUCAUGUACAUACUACAUAGCACUCCCCUGUAUUAACUUGCUUCGGUUUAUGAAUUAAAUGCAUCAAGAUGAUGAAUUGAUGAUCA